CCAGUGGAGACUUUUUACCAUCGCUGGCACAUACAAAUAGCAAGACAAGUAGCGAUGGCGGACGAAGCGGUGGACGUGAGCAAGCUGGAGGCGGAGGCGGCGAGUCUUGUGGGCGAGUCGGAGGCUCCAAAGACGGAUGGAGAGACCGCUGCGGCUCCUGAGGAGUCUGCCGAGGCCGUAGAUGCCGAGAUCGAAGACAUGAAGCGCCGUGUGAAGGAGAUGGAGGAAGAAGCCGCCAAGUUGAGCGAGAUGCAGUCCGAGGUGGAGUCCCAGAUGGGCAAGAACACUGCCUCGACCCUCAACGAGAUGAGCGGCGGAGCUGCAGGAGCUGCAGCCAACGCACAGCCGGCACAGAUGGACGAUACGUCCAUUUACAUUGGUCAGGUAGACUACGGCAGCACGCCCGAGGAGCUUCAGGCUCUCUUCCAGUCGUGCGGCACCAUCAACCGCGUGACGAUCCUGUGCGACAAGUUCACGGGCCAGCCCAAGGGCUACGCGUACAUUGAGUUCGCCUCACGCGACGCCGUGGAGAGCGCUCUACUGCUGAACGACACGAUGUUCCGUGGCCGGCAGCUCAAGGUCACCCCCAAGCGGCAGAACGUACGUGGAUUCAACAUGUCCCGUGGUGGACGUGGAGGUCGUGGCCGAGGACGGGGGCGAGGACGUGGCCGUGGUCCACCCCGUGGGGGAUUCCGCGGAGGUCGGGGACGUGGCUUCCACCCGUACUACUAGCAAGCGACGCUGUCAACAAGAGAGAGCUAGAACAAGAGCUCAUGGCUUGAGAAAAGAGGGAGAAGAGGAGAAAAAGAUGAAAAAUGCCCCCAUGAAAAAAUAUGAAAAAAAGUAAAAAAAAAAGAAAGAUCUCCCCCAUGGGCACGUGAUAUUGUCCAUAAAAACAGAUAGGGAAUAGCUACGCAUGAUCAUCGGCGAAUGUAGAAUAGAUAGACUUGAUGAGCAGUGCGGUGUAGAUACAUUGAACAAUGUUUCAAGUUAUUCGUUGCAGAUUUCGAGACAGAAGAAUGAGCACAAAGUCAGCUUCAGUUUGGUAUUCAGAGGAUUAACGGAGAACUUUCUUGUUGCGUUUGGCCGGAAGACCAGGAUGACCGCUUGAGCUGCGUCGCUUGGCGGCGCGGAUGGCCUUCUCCGAGUGCUUUGACGUCUUGCCUGUAUCCACAUGAGCACGAUACGAUUAGAAGGAUCAAACGAUCAGUAGAACAGCAACAUUUCGCACCUGUCAAUGUGUAGUUCGCCGCUGAAGUAGCGGAGUUACUACCGUCGGCCAGCGCUGCAUCUCCUGGUCGUUCUACUUACACUCAGUUAAGUUAGCGGAGAGUUUAUUAGAGAAGGUAACUUGAGCGAACAUCUUACCGGACAUAGUGACGGGAGUCGUGAUUGGCUUGUACUCCUGGCCAGUGAGCGCGUGAUAGCGUUCACGCAGCGCUUGAACUUCGUUCUGUUUACUCUUGAGGUGCUUCCUCAG